GGUUGUUUAUAAGUUUUAUAACCUAAAAGUUAAAAUUGCACGUGAAACCAAAACGUUGUGUUGUAAUUUUAAGCAGUGCUGGUGGGUCGCUUAAACAAUGACGGAAUUAACAAUAGAUUCGGUUUCUACGAAGGGGCCGAUCUAUCCAAUGUUAAUAAACUUUCAAAACGGUUACCCGAACGAAGACUUCGAAAGUAAAUGCUCAAUCAUACAAGAGAAUGGUACUAAAACGAUAGCUACUGAGCUUGAUGAGCUUGUUUACUAUGGUAAAGAGGAAAACGAAGAUUUGGGUAAGACCCUGAUACUAGCAAGAGACAGGAAAACCGGUAAAGUACGCCUUAUAGAGGUGGGCUGCGCUGAGCUCAUACCAUAUCGUAAAGUCGACUUGAAUGCAUCGCAACAGGAAACCAGCAGGUUAGAGCUGAGUAGGAAGUUCGGAUCUAAAAAACAAAAGAAGCAAAUGGAACAGCGGGAGAAAUUAAAAGUGAAUGUACAAACUGUUACAAAACAAAUGGAAAAUGUAACUGCGAAUAUUACUGUUGACCAACUAGACCUAUCUAAGUAUAAUAAGAACGAUUCUGAAGAUUUCUACGUACCACCUAUAGACAGAGACGCUACUAAAGUUGAAGAUGUAUAUCCUGUAGAGAAAAUUAUGUCUGAAGAAGAAUAUGAGAAUAUUUACACAGAAUUAAAGCAAGAAAAGUAUGAAGAAUAUUACCAUCCGUAUAUAAAGGCAUUAGUUAAAGGGCGGACGUUGUCUCACGAGUUAACGGUGCUGGCAGUUUACACUAGUGAGCUGCUGAAAUUUAUACAGGUCGGUUGCAUGGAAAUAAAAAAGAAAAACUUUAGAAUAUGCAAUUUUUCAAACACAUUAAAUAACGUUGCAUUGAAAAACUUUACGGAAUUUACUAAUGCUUCAAAUAAGGUGAGAACUAGACCGACACACAUGAAAGAUAAGCUCACAUGUCACAUAAUGGUAUUUGUGUUGAUAUUACAUAAUUUUAAGGUUGAACUUGAGCCUUUAUGCGCAGCGGUAAAGAUGUCGCCUAGGACUCAGCCUUGCAUCAAUAAGAUCCGUCUUAUCGGAGCAUACAUGGUACAUACCGAAGGGGGUAAGAUGGUGCAAUUGAAAUUGCCCUUAGCUCCAAAAACUUCUUUCAUAAGAAGGAAAAGUACAAAGUUUUAAUUAUUUGAUAAACUAAUCCACAUUUUUAUACCCCAACGCAAAAAGAGGGGUGAUACAUGUUUGAUGCCAAUGUCUGUCUGUGGCAUCAUAGCUCUCAUAUGGAUGGACCGAUUUUGACGCGGUUUUUUUACGUGAAAGCACAGAAUAAAUAAUACUACUAGUACAGAGGUUCACUUCCUAACAAAACGCGUCUAUUACGACAGAUAUGACCGCUAGGUGGCGCAAGCGCGAGCAGGCGUCCGUUCCGUAGCAGUGCGCGGCAACUAUGGCUAGACACCAAAAUUGGUGUGGGCCGCAUGUACUUGUAGCGCCGCGACGAAAUCGCGGAGUGAGCCACGCCUGGUGACAGCGGGUUUUCUUGCUUCUUAGCUAUGUUUGAU